GGAUUUGCCUUUUGUUAUUGGUAUAUGCUCGGGAAACAGCAAGCAGGGACGACGGCGUUGGGAGCUAUGCCUGUUCCAGACCAGCCAUCGUCUUCUGACAAGACAAGUUCACUUAGCCCUGUCCUGAAUACAUCUAAUGGAGAUGGAUCUGAAACAGAGACCACAUCUGCCAUUCUGGCAUCAGUCAAGGAACAGGAGUUACAGUUUGAAAGGCUUACACGAGAACUGGAGGCUGAACGCCAGAUUGUAGCCAGCCAGCUGGAGAGAUGUAAACUUGGAUCUGAAACUGGAAGCAUGAACAGCAUUAGUUCAACGGAGGAACAGUUUCACUGGCAAACUCAAGAUGGUCAGAAGGACAUAGAAGAUGAGCUCACAACUGGUCUUGAACUUGUUGACUCUUGUAUUAGAUCUCUGCAAGAGUCAGGAAUACUUGAUCCACAGGACUAUUCAACUAGUGAAAGGCCCAACCUUCUAUCCCAGAGUGCACUUCAGCUCAAUUCCAAACCUGAAGGGUCUUUCCAGUAUCCAUCUAGCUACCAUAGCAACCAGACCCUUGCCCUCGGUGAAUCAGCAACAUCACAGCUCCCAGCCCGCAGCAAUCAAGCCAGAGCUGCUAUACAGAACUAUAGCCAGGUCACCGCCGGCCGGACAGCCCACGUCGCCGGCUCGGAGCCGUCGCCGCCUCCUCUGUCUCAGCCGCUGCCCAGGGAGUCUUUCGCGCCGAGCCAUGGUAGCGCUUUCCACUUACCGGACUCCUCCUCUUCCUCGCAGCAGCAGCACUCGUCGGCCCUUUACUACUCGAGCUCCACGCUGCCGGCGCAGAGAGUGAGCUCGCCCUUGUCCAUGCAGCAGGUAGGCUCGCCGACCAAGCUCCAGCGGGCGGGUUCAGCCUCCGAGAGCGCCGGCGGGGGCUACAGCACCACUCAGCGAGUCUCCUCCCCCAAGCAGUCGCCCAGCCGCCUCGCCAAGUCCUACAGCACCAGUUCGCCCAUCAACAUCGUCGUCUCCUCGGCGGGGCUCUCUCCUUCCCCCAUCCGGGUCACCUCCCCGCCCACCAUCCAGUCCAACAUCUCCUCCUCGCCCAUCCAUCAGCUGAGCUCCACCAUCGGUACCUACGCGACUCUAUCGCCGACCAAAAGGCUGGUCCAUCCCUCCGAGCAGUACAGCAAACAUUCCCAGGAACUGUAUGCCACGGCCACCCUGCAGAGACCUGGAAGCCUAGCAGCUGCAUCCCGGGCUUCUUACACCAGCCAGCAUAGCCACCUAGGCUCUGAGUUAAGGGCACUGCAGUCUCCAGAGCACCACAUAGAUCCUAUUUACGAAGACAGAGUAUAUCAGAAGCCCCCUAUGAGGAGUCUCAGCCAGAGUCAGGGGGACCCACUUCAACCAGCACAUACAGGCACAUAUCGCACUAGCACAGCCCCAUCUUCCCCUGGUGUCGACUCCGUACCCUUACAGCGCACAGGCAGUCAGCACGGCACACAGAAUGCAACAGCGACCUUCCAGAGGGCCAGCUAUGCAGCAGGCCCAGCCUCCAAUUAUGCAGACCCCUACCGACAGCUGCAGUAUUGUCCUUCUGUUGAAUCACCAUACAGCAAAUCUGGACCAGCCAUCCCACCUGAGGGAACCUUGGCUAGGUCACCUUCAAUUGAUAGCAUUCAGAAAGAUCCCAGGUUUCCUGGCAGGACCUGUAUAAUUAAAUUCACAACUACUGCAAAAAAGAAAAGAUCUUUCAUGAAUCCUUUUUCCUGGAUGAAGGUUGCCUCCACUAAGAUUUCAAAUACGCAUUCAAAUGUAGAGUUUGGAUGGAGAGAUCCAGAACUUCCAGAAGUCAUUCAGAUGUUACAACAUCAGUUCCCCUCAGUACAAUCCAAUGCUGCUGCCUACUUACAGCAUCUCUGCUUUGGAGACAAUAAAAUAAAAGCUGAGAAACAGGAUUGCCAAGAUCAAAGUAUAAGAAGACAAGGAGGAAUACAAUUACUAGUGGACCUAUUGGACCAUCGAAUGACAGAAGUCCACCGUAGUGCCUGUGGAGCUCUGAGGAACUUGGUGUAUGGAAAGGCCAAUGAUGACAACAAAAUUGCUUUGAAAAACUGUGGGGGUAUCCCAGCAUUAGUACGAUUACUGCGCAAGACUACAGAUUUGGAAAUCAGAGAACUAGUCACAGGAGUUCUCUGGAAUCUGUCAUCUUGUGAUGCACUAAAAAUGCCAAUUAUCCAGGAUGCCCUUGCAGUGUUGACCAAUGCAGUGAUCAUUCCUCAUUCAGGAUGGGAAAACUCCCCACUCCAGGAUGACCACAAAAUACAGCUUCAUUCAUCACAGGUGCUGCGCAAUGCCACUGGGUGCCUAAGGAAUGUCAGCUCUGCUGGAGAAGAAGCCCGCAGAAGAAUGAGAGAAUGUGAUGGACUUACUGAUGCAUUGCUGUACGUGAUUCAGUCUGCUCUAGGGAGCAGUGAAAUUGAUAGCAAGACCGUUGAAAACUGUGUGUGCAUUUUAAGGAACCUCUCAUACAGACUUGCUGCAGAAACUUCUCAGGGACAACAAAUGGGGACAGAUGAGCUUGAUGGCUUACUUUGUGGUGAUGCCAAUGGAAAAGAUACUGAAAGUUCAGGAUGUUGGGGCAAAAAGAAGAAGAAAAAGAAAUCUCAAGAUCAGUGGGAUGGUGUAGGUCCUCUCCCCGACUGUGCAGAACCACCAAAAGGAAUCCAGAUGCUGUGGCACCCAUCCAUAGUCAAACCCUACCUCACGCUUCUCUCUGAGUGCUCAAAUCCAGACACAUUGGAAGGGGCAGCAGGUGCACUACAGAAUUUGGCUGCAGGUAGUUGGAAGUGGUCAGUCUAUAUCCGUGCUGCUGUACGGAAAGAAAAAGGCCUGCCAAUACUGGUAGAGCUGCUUCGAAUAGACAAUGACCGAGUAGUAUGUGCGGUUGCAACAGCUUUACGGAAUAUGGCCUUAGAUGUCCGAAAUAAAGAGCUAAUAGGCAAGUAUGCUAUGCGGGACCUAGUUCACCGGCUUCCAGGAGGUAAUAACAGUAACAGUUCAGGAAGCAAGGCCAUGUCUGAUGAUACCGUUACUGCCAUUUGUUGUACCUUGCAUGAAGUCAUCACAAAAAACAUGGAGAAUGCCAAGGCCUUACGGGAUGCAGGAGGAAUCGAGAAGCUUGUUGGCAUUUCCAAGAGUAAAGGAGACAAGCACUCACCAAAAGUAGUGAAGGCAGCAUCUCAGGUCUUAAAUAGCAUGUGGCAGUACAGAGACCUGAGAAGUCUCUACAAGAAGCGGGUGGCCCCAGACUUCAGAGUGGCUGAGGACAGAGGAUUUUCACCUACCAAUCAUUCUGAGUCAUGGCACGCUCAGCAUACCCUCUCCCAGAAUCAAGAAACCAGAAUCUAUUCCCAAACCCAGGAUGGGUGGUCACAAUAUCACUUUGUAGCCUCAUCUUCAACAAUAGAGAGAGAUCGGCAAAGACCAUACUCAUCAUCACGCACUCCUUCCAUCUCUCCAGUGCGCAUGUCUCCCAACAAUCGCUCAGCAAGUGCCCCAGCAUCACCUCGGGAAAUGAUCACUUUAAAAGAAAGAAAAACAGACUACGAGUCAACUGGAACAAAUGCUACUUAUCAUGGAAAUAAAGGAGAGCACACUUCCAGAAAAGACACAAUGACAGCUCAGAACACUGGAAUCUCUACUUUGUACAGAAAUUCUUAUGGUGCACCUGCUGAAGAUAUUAAACACAACCAGGUUUCAACACAGCCAGUUCCACAGGAGCCCACUAGAAAAGAUUAUGAACCAUAUCAGCCAUUUCAGAAUUCAACAAGAAACUAUGACGAGUCCUUCUUUGAGGACCAAGUGCAUCAUCGCCCACCUGCAAGCGAGUACAAUAUGCAUCUGGGACUCAAGUCCACCGGCAACUAUGUCGACUUCUACUCAGCUGCUCGGCCCUACAGUGAACUCAAUUAUGAAACAAGUCACUAUCCAGCAUCUCCAGAUUCCUGGGUUUGAGAUUUGGGCAAGAAAAAAAAAGGUCCGGGAACUGUGCAUGUGCAUGCAUACCACGAGACAUUCUUUUCCUGCAAAUUUAGUUUGUUAAAGCCUGUUCCAUAGGAAGGCCCUGAUAAUCAGUGUGGAAAACUUUUAAGAUACUUUUAGAUGGCUAAAAGAAUUGGACGUUAAGCACGGGAGGGUCAUUAGAAAGGGGGGAAAUGUAUAUCUAUUUCUGUAUCUAUAUAAUCCUGUCUCUCUAUAUAUAGAUAUAGAAAUAUAUUGUGUGGGGGCAGCUUUACAGUUGACCCUUGUAUGUAGAAUGUAAAACAAAUAGUGCUGUACACUGAAUGUGGCUGAAGGAAAGUGGGGAAGGUGCAACAGCCGAUAUAGGUCCAGAGUUAAGCACAAGAAAAUGAACAGUUUACAAACCUUAAGGGGGACAGCUUCUCACACUUUGUUUCCUCUCCUCAUCCAUUGUGAAUCUAGGCUUCAAGUUGCAUUUGGGGUUUCCUCUGUACAGCAAGAUGUUUCUUGCCUUUUGUUAAUGCAUUGUUGUAAAGUAUUUGAUGUACAUUACAGAUUUAAAGAGUGAGAGAGCGAGAGAGCAGUGCAUUGUGUAUAUUACACCAAUGCCACAGUGUUUCUUCAUCUAUGGUUCUAAAUAUUGCUUCAAUUUCAAAACUUUGAAAUAUGUAUGAAUUUCCAGGGGGGAGGGGAUGUUUUUCUUUCUUUUUUUCUUUUUCUUUUCCCCAGUGCGUUUUAACAAAAGAAAACAAAAACAGAAUAUUUAGCAGUAUUGUUCGUUCUGAUAUGUGAAUUUGUUUGUGGCAACUAAAAAAAAGGCAUUCAGCAGUUUCUGACAAUUAACAUUCAUCAUUCCACACUCCUUGUCAAUGAAGUGCUUUUUCACUGCCUAAAAUUUUAGAUGUAGAUAUUUGAAAUAGAUUUUUUCAUUUAUACCAGUUUUCUUUAUGAUGAU